AGAUGUCGCUUAUUGCAAGUUUGGAAGCGGCCAGCAUCAGCUGUCGCCUGUGUGGGACCGGAGUGCGCUCACAGGCUGGAGGUGGUGGCGGGCAAGCGCCGAUCUUUGCCGAGUGCAGCCGACAACAUCCGGAAGUGUAAUGUUCAACACCUUAAAGCAAACGGCGGCGAGCUCUCUGACACACGAGCUCUGUAGUGGUUAGUUAGAAAUCUGAUCAUUCGUUGUACUUCUCCCAUCAGUCACUAUGUCUGUUUUGUGUUAUAAUAAGGGAUGUGGACAACGAUUUGAUCCAGAAAAUAACCCAGCCGAUGGCUGCACCUAUCAUCCAGGAGUCCCAGUAUUCCACGAUGCCUUGAAGGGAUGGUCUUGCUGCAAGAGAAGAACUACUGACUUCUCAGACUUCCUCAGCAUUGUUGGCUGUACAAAAGGUCCCCACAACAAAGAGAAGCCCCCUGAGCCGGUGAAACCAGAUGUGACAUCUUCAGGAGAAAAGAAGGAGUUAGAGGACCAAAAGCCAAAGUUUAAUGAGUACAUCAUCUCUGCACCGAAACCUCAGGAGGCGAUAUGCAGACCAAGUCCUGAUGAGCCAGCGGUGAGAUUGCAGCAUAAAGUCUCUGCAUCUCUGAAGCAGGCACUGGAGAAACUUAAACUAACUGAAAAUGCUGAAGAGACAAAAGAGGAAGAAAGUGACGAGAUCAAAAUUGGAACGUCCUGUAAAAACGGAGGCUGUACUAAAAGUUUUGAAGGACCUGCAAGUGAUUCGGAUGUGUGCCUAUACCAUGCUGGAUUUCCCAUCUUUCACGAAGGGAUGAAAUACUGGAGCUGCUGUAAAAGGAAAACCUCAGACUUUAAUACCUUCCUCUCUCAAGAGGGCUGUACAAAGGGAACACAUCUAUGGAGGAAAAAAGAUGCGGGUAAGAAGGUGGUCCCGUGUCGGUUUGACUGGCACCAGACUGGGACGCAGGUCAUCAUUUCUAUCUAUGCCAAGAAUGCAGUCCCAGAGCUAAGCUAUGUGGAUGCCAACAGCACUACGCUCGACAUACACAUUAUAUUUGAUGGAGAGAAGGAAUUUGAGCAGAAAAUCAGCCUUUGGGGAGUGAUAGACGUGAGUAAAAGUUUGGUGAACAUGAUGGCGGCCAAGAUCGAGGUAGCCAUGAAGAAGUCCGAGGCGAUGUCCUGGGCCCGUCUGGACCUUCCUCCUCCUCCUGCUCCACCCAAGGAGAGCGAGAAGCAAAAAUCUGACAGUGAGGACGAGGAUGAAGAUGAAGAUGACUGAUAAGAUUGAAAAUAAAGACAUUGAUUUAAAAACUGAGUUUCAGCAGGCUUCCAGUCAAGUCCCAGCUAAAUUGCACUGAAGUCCCUGGAAAAUUACAUCAUGCCUUAAAAUAAGUUGUCAGUUUUAAUUCUGCUCACUUUCACACCCAUGCAGACCCAUGUCACACUAAUGGACCGUGGCUGUGACCAGAUCUCAUAUUUUCAGGAAUAAAAUCAUUUUUGUUUUUCAUAAAUUCAAUACAUCAGACCAAAAAGCUGCCCCGGAUUGUCUUGAUUUGUCCGCUUACAUCAAUAUGUUAUCCAAACUUGUGUUUUAUGAAAUGUAUUCUGAAUCAAUUGUGAGACGAGAACUAUCACAGCUGAAUUAUCUUGAGAUAUACUUUGGAGAUGCACUCUAACUAUCCAUACUUUUCUCAGUAAAAAUUGUAAAUUUGCUCCAAAUUAUGUUUUUUACUUCACUACACUCAAUGUAAAUUUUGUACAAGUUUUGCUUUCAGAUACUGUAUUUAUCUUAUUUCUUGUCAAAACAAAGUAGUCUGGUUUUAAUGAGGAUGUACUGUAAUGCCAAUUAAAUACAAAGUAUUUUAAGCAAAAUAUUGUAUCAUAAAAUGCUAUGCUAGAAAGCAUGUGUCUAGGCUUAGAUUGUAUGAAGUGUUAUUUGGCAAAAGGAGAAGCAAUGGAAAAGUAAAGUUCUAGGAAAGGGAACCAGUUUGUCUGACCAAAAAAUAAAUAAACUUCUGAGAUUAAAUUUUAAAA